AUGACAUUGCCCACCCUGCAUGACCAUUCAGUGCAGUGGCUACUGAAUGAAUACCACACUAUCAGCAAACCUAAAGUGAUUAAGCAGGCUUUUGCAUCUUGCCAUGCAGUUCCAUCAUUCAACCUCUCAUUUGAUAGCCUUAUGAGCUGUAAGGCCUUGCAACGACUUCGGGAUGUGCAGAAGAACGAGCCAGACAUCUGGAUAAAGAUUUUGACUUACCAAUAUAAAUUUUCGGAACAGCAUGGUGUUGUGGAUGCAGAUGAAGAGCCAGCAUUCACAGACAACACUGACACCUUGGAUGGAAGUGAUGUGGCAAUCAAGGCCAUCUUACAGCAUAUUGCAGAUGGCAGCCAGGGCCCACUGGCAGGUUACAGUGUUGAUCCUAGUAAUGGCUCACUUAUCAUACAUAACAAGGCAGAGGUGUACAAGUUGGAAGUUGCAGGACAUGCUCAGGCUGCUGAAGCUUUGAACAUGGGUGAGGGAGGAGAGGAAAGCAAAGAGAUCCCUGGUUUCGGGAGAGGACAGCACAGGCGCACAGUGAACACCUUAUAUAAUGAUUUUUGGUCGCACUAA